AUGGAUUCUUGUCCUAAAACCACUGAAAUUGAAAAAAAUAAGGUCAAUAUCGCUAUAUCUAGUAAUGAAAACAAUUAUCAAAAAAUUCCGUCCAAAGAAUUGCCAGAUGAUUUAUUUGAAGAAAGCUUAAAUCCUUGGAUAUUUUCUCUGAUUGGGAUAUUAAAUUUACAACAACUUAAGUUUGUCGACGCUGCUAUCAUUCUUAGACGACAAUGGAAUCUUGAAGGUGACUGUAAACUUAUUCCACUGGGAAGGGGUUUUUUCACAAUCAAAUUAGAUAACGCAAUAGAUCGUCAGUAUAUCGAGGAAGGAACAUGUUAUUAUGCUAAUGUCUUGGUUGAAGUAGAUUUUGCUAAAUCUAUACCAAAAAAAAUAUGGAUUGGCACAAAAUAUGGAGGUUUCUUUCAAGACAUUUCAAUUCCAGAUUUUCCAAAGUUCUAUUCAAACUGUAAAAUUUUAGCACAUUUGGUCACUGAAUGCAGAGUGGAAAAAAGCAGAAAUCAAUCCACGGGUGAAGGUCAUAAUCAUAUCACUAGCAAGACAAGUAAUACUUCUAAUCAUCAGCAAUCUCCUAAAAAUGGUAAUGCUUCUAUUCAGCAGCAAGGUCCUAAAACUCCACAUAUUCCUUUUGAUAUAUGCAAUAAUAAUGAAGAUGUUGCUAAUUGUAACAAUAAGGAGGUGGUGCAAGUGAGUACUUCUAAUUCUGUUCUAAAUCCAUUAGUGGAAGAUUCAGUAGUUUCAAAUAUAAUAACUCCUCCGAUUCAAACUACUUCUGUAGUAGUUCACUUGAAUAGUGGUAGAUUUAAUACUCUCAGCCAAAUUGAGAAUAGAGAAGAAGAUGAAGUGAGUAUUAAUGAAGAAAUUAUGGCUGACAUAGAACCUCAUAAGCUUAUUCAAAUAGCAGAUGUAACUGAGCUAAAAAAGAGUGAAUUUAAAAGUAUGGUAAUUCAUAAUGCUUCAGUUAAUCACAAAAGUAAUAUAUGGUUGUUUUGGAGUAAUUCUGUAGUAACUCCUUCAGUUGUCUCAGUAACAAGUCAAAUGAUUACAGUUGAAGUGGGUAAUGUGCUUGUAUCUGGAGUUCAUACUCAUGUUAAAGUAGUGCAGAGAAGAUUUUUGUGGUAUGAGAUGCGAUUGAUUAGUGAUUUAAACAAACCUUGGUUAAUCAUUGGUGACUUUAAUGUUGUUCUUACAAUGGAAGAAAAAGUUGGUGGCAAUUCUCCUUCAAGAAGAUCAAUGUUGGACUUCAAUGAGUGUAUAAAUGCUUGUGAACUCAUACAAGAUCCUAAAGUUGGAUUAGAUUUUUCAUGGUCAAAUUGCCAGCAUGGUAGUAAAAGAAUUUUAUGCAAUCUGGAUAGAACUUUCUUUAACUUGGGGUGGUUACAAAUGUAUGGAUAUUGGGGUUAUAAAGUGGGUAUUAGAGUGGUGUCACAUCAUUCACCCUUACUGGGAGGAUGUGCUAAUGUUCCUAAGCCAAAAAAUGUCCCUCUAAGAUUUCAGAAAAUGUGGUUGGAGCAUCCUGGUUUUAUGAAGAUUGUUGAAGAUAGUUGGGCUGAACCAAUACAAGGAGAUCCAACUUAUGUGUUUAUGCAAAAGCUUAAGAGGUUAAAAGUAAUUUUAAAGGAAUGGAAUUGGAAAAUCUUUGGUAAUAUACAAGUUAAAAUUCAAGAGGCAGAAGUUUUGGUUAAAUAG